AGACUGUGUGUUGGUGUGAGGUUACAGUUCAUCAUUUCAAACGUGCCCAGAACCCCUAGUACAAUGAUGUUACCGCCUCUGCCUCCCUCACUGCGAGUGUAUCUGGUCCUACUGAUGGUGGCGCUCUUGGGGAAAGCCUGCCUCCCUCCUCGCCGGCACCACAAGAGAAUCUUUUACUACCGCCUUCCACCUACUCCCCAGAGACAACCCGCAGAGGACCCAGGGAAAAUUAAUUGUCUGAUUGACGUGUGUUACCUGAGCCUCGACCACCCUAAGCUGUGCGAGGACACACUCAAGGCUCUCAGGACCAGAGACGCGAUGGAGCCCUGCAGCGAUUCCUGUGCAGCCAACGCCACUGGAGCUGAGUGCCUACAUCCCACAGUCAUCAUGUAUUUGCUGGAUCGAUACACGGGGCUGAGCUGCGGCCAGCAAUGGGAAUCAACCUUCUGGGGCGUCGAUUCCUUCACCACACCCUCCACCACCACCCAGCCUCUCUCCACAUCGACCUGGACCGCCGCGCCACCUCGACCACCCGCCCAGUACCCUUUCCGCCCUGACACGGGCUCUUUAGGGCUGGGUAAGGAGCAGAAAGAUCCUCACGACGCUCCUCUUGGCUCUGCAGAACACUCACACUUGUAUGUCAUCAGCAAAGGGCAAGUAGUUAAGUACGAAUCACAAAUGGAGAAUGCGCGGGGUUCUCAUCUACCUGACGCAGUGUUCUGGCUUCUAGUGCACAGUAAGCGGCCAGUCUUCCUACCGAGAGCAAACGUCAAUAACUCCCAGUGGCCGCUAAAGCAGUCUGGCCUCAGUAGCAAUGAUCCAUUGCCACUAAAGCCCUCGAAGUCCUUAAUCUCGGCGCAGCAUCCUGGGCCUUUAAUAGUCGUCGCCACGUCUGCUACUCGUAAUCCUCCCGCCAGCCAUCACAGUCAGCGAGUGCGUGAGUGGAGUCGGGAAGAAGCGCUCACCCAACACCAUACUCCCACAAUGCUGCCAGAAGAGGCCAUGGAACAACAACCCAAGCCUCAGACGGACGGCAAGUAUAACUCAGAGAGAGAAAAUACUGUCGACACGCGCCCUCGCAAAGCAACCAAAACAACAGCGACUCCAGUGAGAGAAACGACAGGUGGGAUGACAGAAGCCCAAAGGUUAAGCGGGAAUGGACAAAACGUGUCACUUGGUUCUCCUUCUUCCAGCAGCGACGGGAUUUCAGAACCAGAAUCGGCUGAGGGAAUAGUACAUAAGGAGUCGAGGAUACAGGAGUCAAGUACGAGGCCUGGGGAGAAGGAAGUACUGAGGGCGAGUCAUCAGUUGUCAUGGGAAGGGAAACAAGUCACACAUCACACUAACGUCAGGAACGUCGUCUCCCAAGGUACCCAUUUAUCGACCAACCUGAAGGAAGGAUGAACGGCAGCGUGAGCUGAGCGGCAAUCGCCCCACCACGGAUUGGUAGCCACUGGACCACGAUGGCUUGGCUGGAUCUACGUUUGGUAUCUCAACAAAUAGAGGAGAUGGGAUGGGAUAGCCCUGUGGAAGGUUGUAGUGGGAUAAGAAGUAGAAUAACGGGAUGGAGGGCAGCAGGAUAAGCUAAAUACGUUGAUAUCCGAUCAGGUACACUGAAACACUGAAACACUGUGCGUACGUAGCGCAGUGUAACUAGUGUGUAACUAGUCUAAACCUGCACCACUAUGCAUAUAUACAUACAAGCACACUCCUAUAUUAUCACCAGCAGAAUUCUGACCAGAGAGAAGAGCUCGCGUUGCCUUUGCGUGAAGCCAGAUACGAAAAUUAAACGACCAUUUUUUUUUUUUCAUCGCUAUACAAAUUACCCGCCUCAGUAAUUACUAGCUGAUGAAUCCCACACAACUUC